CAUAUUUAAAGAUAUUUGGUAUAUAAAUCUACAACGAUCUAAUAUUCAUAUAUUCAGGUACAAACUAACUAAGGAUAAUGGAAGAUCCUGAAUUGAUUGCACUAAAUAAAUUAAAAGAUGACCUUAUUGCAAAAGCAUACAGUUUGAUUGAAAAAUUAAAGGAGCAGGAUAGUGAGGAACAAGUUGUUACAUCAAAAUUACCAGAUAUUAUAGAAUUUACUGAUAAUAGAGAAGAAAAAUUACAAGAACAGUAUGAAACAUAUUCACAUAGUGUAUGUGAAUUUUCUCGCCACGUUUCUGGCAUAACAUUUAAAGAUAUAGAUAAGAAAUGGUUACGUGAUAAUGUUUAUAAAUAUACAACUUAUUUGGUAACGAAAACAUUAAAUUUCUAUGUAGAGUUGACAGUAAAAUUGGAGGGUGAAAAAGAAUUUGAAAUUUGUGAUGUAACAUGCCAUUUUAUAAACAUUGAUAAAUGUUAUAUGUUGGAAAUUGAACCUUGGGUUCAGAAUAUGACAAAAAUGAAAAACUUCUCAUUUCUUACAUCUGCAAUUUCACAAUAUAAUGAGCAAAGUAUUCUAAGAAACAAGAUACUUGAGAAGAUGGUUGCUGAGAAGUAUGUAAGCUGUAAACAGUGUACAGACGAAAAUGGUGGGAUUUUGGUACAUGUACAUUCAACCGAAGACAAAAAACAAGUGUAUUUGAUAUUUCAAUGGUCAAUAUUGUUCUUGGAACGAUAUUGGCGAAUCGAACAUCAUUUUGUUAUAAAUUCUGGAAAAAUAGGAAUAACAUUUGCAGAAGAAAAUCAAACUUUGUUAUUGAAAUUUUGUGAACCAAAUCUUACAAAAGAGAAUCUCAUUGAUUUAUGGAAUAAUUUAUGCCUUGCCAUUGACGUAUACGAAGAUAGAAAUCAUUAAGGGAACAAUUAAUAAAUUAUUAUCGACUUUUGCGGCAACUCUCCUUCGAGUUCUCCAUGCUUUCAUAUAAGUUCUUGGAUGUAUUGGAAAGUAACCACAAAGUCCUAACAUUAUUGCCACUGGUUUUGAUACUAACGCCUUUUGCCCUAGCCAAUAUUGUAUUCUCUCAAAAUUUAAUGAAAUUAAUUUUUCGUUAUACUUGUUCGGCAGAGGAUCAUAGCUGCCUAAUUGUUCUAUUGGAG